AUGCCCUCAGGAAACCCCGUCUCCUCUGUUUCUGAGGAGUUUUUGAAAGAGCUCGAGCAUUAUGGCCCAGUGACAGCAAUCAAGGUACACAAAAGCCUCAUCAUAGUAGGGUACGGGCCCAUUUUAAAGAUUUUCAACCGCGAUAGAAACGAUGAGCUUAUAUUCAGCCAGAAGAUCUUCAAGAGAAACAAGAUACACAGCAUUGCAGUAAAUAAUGAUAGAAUAGCGAUUGCUGGUGCUCGCUCGUUUGCGGUGCUUGAACCUUUGAAACAGGGAUAUGCUGUGCAAGAAAGAGCCAUCAACGAAUGGAUUGUUGCUGUUGAGUUCCUCAACAACGAUAAGAUUUUAGUGUUGACGUCACACAAUGAGGUUUUGGAGAUUGAUAUAGCUGAUUGCGAAAACUUCAGGAUGCUUUCGAAGUACCAUUGUAACGAAAAGUCGAUUCUAUACAGUGGCUCUAUUCGAGUGAUUAAUGACAAUGUCGUGUACGUUUCUGCUGGCACAGUGAUGGAUGGUGUACUCAUAUGGGAUUUGAGAAGAAAAGAAAUACUUCACAACCUAAGAGACCACGAGGGAUCGAUCUUUGGUGUAAAAAUAGACGCUAGCGGCAAGUUUAUCAUCUCAUGUUCUGACGAUAGGUCAGUGAAAUUGUACUCAUUUGAUGGAACUCUUUUAGCUAGUGGCUGGGGCCACGGCUCCAGAAUUUGGUCUUUGGAGUUCCUUUCAGUUUCUGAUCAGAGUGUCAAGAUCUUCUCCUGCGGAGAAGAUUGUGCUGUUCGAUUGUGGGAGUAUCAUGGCGAGCAUACUUUACGUCAAUUGAUGCUCUUUGAUCACUACCACUCAGGAAAGCAUAUUUGGUCUGGCGACGUCGACACAAACUCAGGAAUUUUUGUGACCGGUGGUGCUGACGGCAAAGUCAGAGCGGAGGCUUUAAAAGAAGAACCUACGAUGACUAUAUCACUAGAGGAAAUCGCAGCUCAAGCAGAGGUAGACGUACUUACUAAAGAACUGAUAAGAAGUUUUGGGAUCCUCAACCUCACAGGCAUUACUUUAGUGGUCACCACGAAAGGCAGGCUUUUCCUUCACCAUGAGAACGUGGGAAUAUGGAGUCGACUCUCCAUUGACAGCCUCGCCGAGCAUGAAAUAGCGCACUACACCCUCUUCAAAACUGUCUGUGAAUUAAAUGCCUUCAUUGUUUGUAACAAUGACGGUGACAUGCAUGUUAUAGGGUUUGACAGUAAAUGUCAGGUCUAUCACGUUGCACGCAAAAACCCUCUGCCUGGCCCCAAGAAAAUCAUCAACAUGCUAGUUUCAAGCUCCACUGGGCAUGGAAGAGUUUUUGUCUUACUUAAUUCACCGAUCUUAUCUGAGCCAAUGGAUUUGGUAACCUUUGUUAAGACGGGUGAUAGACUUGAACCCGAUUUGUCCCAAUGCUUGCAAAAGACUGACCCCAGGACCUUCAUUCCCACCUCGUUUCAUGUCGACUGGAAAAAUCACUUGGUUUUCGUCGGGUCAAGACAUGCUAACUUUGCUGUGUAUGAGAUCACUCCAGAACAAACUCUUCUACCUAAGGUUUCAAAGAAAUUGUGCAACGGUGAUACAAUUACCUCACUUUCUCUAGUUGACGGUGAAGAAGGGCGGUCAAUCGUGCUAGUCACGCUACGGGAUGGGUUCUACAUUUUAAUGGAAACAUGCAUCGGGCACAAGCUUCAAAGUAAAAUUAUUUUGAAGAAUAAGAUUUCAAGAAAUAUCGAAGGAGGCUUCAUGAAGUCGAAUCAACUUAUAUUAUAUGGUUUCCGCUCUUCUUGCUUUUACCUAUGGAAUGAAACCAAGCAAAUUGAGAUCGCGAAGGACUUCUGUAAGGGAGGCCACAGGCAUUGGGAGGUUAGUGUCCACAUAAAUCCUUUGCAACUUCAUUUCUCAUAUCUAACUCAAGGCUGUCUACGUAUUAGCACGUUGGAGUCAAGCUGGAACUCAAUAAACCAAGGACUCCUCGUAGAGGGAACACAUGGACGAGAGAUCCGUGAUGUUGCCCUUCAUCAAGAAUCGGAAAACAGCGCUUGCUGUCUUUUCGUCAGUGCAUCUGAAGACGCCAGAAUAAAAGUUGGAAAGUUAUACAAAGAUGGAAAAAUGAGCUAUCAGUGGACUAUGAAUAAUCAUAUCUCUGGUUUGCAACGAGUCGCCUUCUUGAAUGGAGACUUUUUGGCAAGCUCUGCAGCCAAUGAGGAAUUGCUUAUAUGGAAGCUCACUCGCUUGAGAAAUGAAAUUGUUGUCAUCAAUGAAGUCAAUAGAGUCCAAGUGGCAGGUGAACAUCCUGAUUUGCGUGUCAUGGAUUUUGCAUCCAAAGAGACUUCGAGCGGGUUUUGGAUUGCAGCAGCUUACUCGAAUUCUAUCGUCAAGAUAUUCUUCUUCAACAAGAAGGAUCUUCAAUUACAGGAGAAAGCCUGCAUUCCUUACGGUUCAGUUUGCAUCCUCAAUAUUCAUCUUUUUUCGUUUGGGACACAAGACUUUGUGAUGACAGGCACUUCUGAUGGAAACCUCACAAUUUGGGAUUUGUCAAGUUUAAUUCAGUGCAAUCUAGCACCUCCCCACGAGCCUAUAGUCAAACAGCAGGUUCACCAAAGCGGUGUUAAGGCCGUUCUUCCAUUUUUCAAUGAAUUUGGUGCUUAUACUGUCGUAACGGGUGGUGACGACAAUUCCUUGAUCUCUUCCCAAGUAAGCUAUGAAUCUGGGAAGUUAGAAUUGGUGACAACAGCUUUUGUUGAAAGGGCAGCUUCUGCCACCAUCGUCUCCAUUUCAAGGGCUGCAGAUAAUCAGGUUCUUGUAACCUCUGUGGAUCAGAUUGUACGAGUUUGGGAUACCAGAUUACUUUCAUUAAAUUGCAUUUGUGCCAAAUACACCACUGUCGCUGACACUGGCUGCAGUGACACGACUAUCAUUGAUGGGCGACGCGUUGGCGUUGUUGCUGGCGCCGGCGUAAGUGUUUUCACUUGGGAUGAUACGAAGAGCUUUAUGAGUUCAUUCUAA